AUGGCCUCCACAUCCGACGACGCCACGUCGCCAGAGACGGCGUACAACGACCUCAAGCGGCUGACGCCCUCGCUGGCGGCCGAACUCGACCACCUGCGCGCGUCGCUGCGCGAACACAAUCUGUGGCUGCAGCGCUACGGCCAGGGCCAAGGCCAGAGCGACGACGAGGCCCUGGCGGCCGUUCCGGCUGGACUGCCGACCCUGACGACGUCGAGGCCGGCUGAGCCGGCAUCCGAGACAGCGGCGCCGCAGACGACGCCGGCACGCGACCGCACCACCUCGCCACCACCCGCCUUUACCCCAACACCGCCCGCUUCCACGUUGACCCCAACAUCAGCAUCAACAUCAACAUCUGCAUCAACUCCGUCCUCCACCCAAGCGGCACAUCAGCCCCCCUCGACAUCCCAGCCACAGCCGUCUCCGACUGCCCCAGCGACACCUGCGUCGCCCGACAUCCCGUCCUACUCGUCCGCCGUCGACAACACGCUGCCGCCCUACGCCGCCUCCGAAGUGCCCCUCUACAGCAGCGCCGUCCGCGACGACGUCCUGCAGCGCCGCGACCAGCUGAUGGAGUACCUGCGCGAGGGCGAGGAGGUGCUGCGGGACUACUCGGCGCGGCUGGCCGACCUGGCGCGCGAGCUGGGGCGGCCGGCCGAAGACGCGGACGCGCUGGGCACGUGGAACGAGGCGGCGCCGGACAACGCGCUGCCGUCGUACACAAUGAUUGAGGGGCGCGAAGAGCUGAUGGUGGGCGGCGUCGGGGAGGUGCCGCCGACGUAUGCACGAGGGUCAGCGGUGGAGGCCGCUGGGCGGGGAUAG